CCACAAACCCCAAGUCGGACGUGCUAGAAAUAGGCAGCGGAAUUUACGUAUUUUGUAACGAAUCCGUUGGUCCUCUUUCAGUGACGUCAACAAACUAAGCUUGCUGCAUCCUGCUUUUCUUGUGCACGAAUAGUAAUUGCGGCCACAUAGGUUAUUUCUUCAUACCAAACAAAGAAGAUGAGAGGAGCCAUAGUAGGCCUAAUCCUCAUGGCCUCCGCUCUUAUUCCUGUAGAUGCAGGGGUUGGUAGUGCUGUCGCCAAAAUUCUCGCAAGACUUCCGAGAGCACUGAAAGCGGUGAGAAUAAUGAGACCAACCGGAGCGGUCGUGCGUGCGGUUGCCAAAACUCAUGCAGAGACGGAGGUGUUGUUUGGCCUGGAGGCAAUUCACAGGGCCUUGGAUUUUGUUCCGCCGCCAGGGGGAUUUCAGUCAGGUCCCGAAGGAUACAAAGGGCCUGGCAUCUCAGGGAAGCCAAGGAAAUUGAGUGGCGCCACUACGUGGAUUGAAUGCACUUCAUGCAAAUGCCAGUUCUAUACAAACGCCUCUUUUUAUGAAGAAAAAAUUGGCUGCACUGUGUGGGCGACGUUGAAUUGUAUGUGUGAACAAAACUCAUUGCACCGAGGAGAGAAAAGCGGAAUGCGCCAAUGAAGUGACUUCUAAACUAAAUGACAUGGCCUUGCGGUAACACUUUCCAUGAAAUAUUUCAAUAAAGGCAUGGCA